CAUUACAUUAAUGGAAGCUCAAACUUACAGCUCUAAAAGCAAAAAUGAUCGUAAAAUUAAGUUCAAAAUUCCUAACAAAGAAUUACUGGCUAAGUCUCAAACUAACAAACCCAACUGGAGACACUACAACUUCAAUGAGAAAGCCAGAGACAACUCUUCAGAGUGGACUAACAACCAGCUGAAGCAGUUCUCGAUGCAUCCUGGUGAAGGACUGCAAGACAAGCUUGACUACUUCAUCACUCCUUACAACACAAGCCUCAUUUACAAAAAGUUCAUGGAGUUCGAUGAACAAGAGAAGCGUCUCAAAAUGGCUAACGCCACUCGCAAGAAUGUGUCUGAUGAGUGGCAAAUGAUCUCCAAUUUUAUCUUGAAUGUGCGGCCAGACGUGUUCAAGAAGAGUUGCGAGAACAUCAACAAGGGACUCUACCUCGAACUUCGCAAGAGUUUAUAUCACCUGUUUCUGCUCAAGAACAAAAAGAAGAAAACUCUCAAAAGCCUCAGUCUUUCACGUAGAAAACCCAUCUCAAACAUGGGACUGACAACUCAUGCAGAAUCUGGAGACAAGUAGACACAAGUCUAGCCACAGAAGCGGAACCACCCACAAGAAAGCAAGUGGUGCUUCGUUUACUUUCAAGAGUCCUACAAGCAGAGCCUCCAAGAUGAGCAAUGAAAGCCAGAACUUUCACGACAUGAUGUCCAUAAUACACAAGAAAAAACACAAGAGUCAAAGCAGGUUUCAUAAGAACAAGUCCAUCAUUGAGAAAGUGUUCGACAAACACUUGUCGAUGAUUAUGAAGAAAAGCCUCAGAGCCAAGUCUACCAUGAAGCAGCAUUUCAACCAGAAUCUUGACAAGUCAGCACAACACCACCAGGCAUCGUUUCAAGUCAACCUUAGUUUUGGAAACACAUUGGACAAUGCACAUAAGACUUUCACCCACAACAAAAGUUUUCAGCAGAAACAGUCAGAUUCAGACUUCCAUAGUUGUUCUCCUCAGACUCAGAAGUUCCAACCUACAGUAGUCAGACUGAAGUCGCUGGGACUGGCUGAGAAAUACAGAAACAAACACUCCUCAAUUCCUAAAUUUAAGUUGGCAAUCAAUUGAGACAAGUCCAGUAAGCCAUUAACUAUGAAAACAUCCACUAUGAAAUCAUUCACUGACAAGUCUGCAGCCCUCAAGCCUAUGCACACAUUUGUGGUACCAAAGUUGAAGAGUUUCUUACCAAGCAGAGAAGACUCUCCUGGACUUCCAAAGAACGUGGCUGCAGUUUCUCCUCGAUUUCACUCAACAAUAAUUCAUACAAAUCACACCACAAAGAAACACAGCUCCAUCUACUGGAACUCUAAAGCCAAGGCCUCUGACCCAACAGCUAAGUACUCUGCAAGUCAAGUCCUAGUCUCAGCCAAAAAGUGCGUGAAGAGCAAACCCAAGAGGCCAUCAACCAAGCCCCCUCUGAGACACCCAACUCUCGAUGAACUGGCACUGUCUUUUGUCUAAUAAAUUUGGGAUU